ACGGGACUCCUGCAGCUUUCAGCCGCUUGUCUCUGCUUCUCUCUCUGCUCUGGAUCACAAAUAAUAAAACCUGUUUUACACUCACGUUACUCACCGAUCUUCUGCGCAGCAAUUCGGCGCAUGUGUGGAGGUGUGUAACCCCUCUCUCACUCAGCCGAGGACCGGGCACUUGGAAAGCUGACUUUUGUGUCCAAAAACUGAAUUCUCGGGGAGUUUUAUAUCGCCAUGUAUGCUCGGGUUUAGAUCCUCCAUGGAGCUCUCUAACCUGUACGAGGUCGCGCCCCGGCCCCUGAUGAGCAGCCUGACCCACGGACAGCAGCCCUCCUCCGGCUACAGAGACCCGGCCGACCUCGGCGGUGACAUCGGAGACAGCGAGACCUCCAUCGACCUGAGCGCCUACAUCGAUCCGUCGGCGUUCAACGACGACAUUCUGGCAGACUUGUUCCACCACAGCUCCCGGCAGGACAAACUCAAGAUCAUGAACGGGGAGUACGAGUCCGUGCCGUCGUGUGUCGGCGGUCCGGGACCCCAACAGCAGCCGCCGCAGCACCCCUACAUGUCCAACUACAUGGAGUCCAUGAUGGAGCCUCUGUACGAGCACAAUCCGCGUAGAAUCCGUCCCGUGGCGAUCAAGCAGGAGCCGCGCGACGAUGACGACAUGAACCCGGGAAUGCCUCCGACCUAUCACCACCCGCACGCGCAGCAGUACUCCCAACAGCAGCCCCAGCAGCCGCAUCUCCAGUACCAGAUCCAGCACUGCGCUCAGACCACAAUGCACCUCCAGCCGGGUCACCCGACCCCCCCGCCGACCCCGGUGCCUAGCCCGCAUCAACACCACCCGCACCCGCACCACCACGCGCACCACCACGCUCACCAGGGCGCCAUGAAGCUGCUGGAACACCAGCGGGGCAGCAGCAGCAGCAGCAGCGGCGGCAGCGGCAGCGAAAAAGGCGGGAAAUCCAAGAAGAACGUGGACAAGAACAGCCCGGAGUACCGGCUGAGGCGCGAGCGCAACAACGUGGCCGUGCGCAAAAGCCGAGACAAGGCGAAGAUUCGGAACAUGGAGACGCAGCACAAAGUGGUGGAGCUGACCACGGACAACGACCGGCUGCGGCGGAGGGUGGAGCAUCUGACCCGGGAGCUGGACACGUUACGGGGCAUCUUCCGACAGCUACCCGACGGGUCCUUCAAACCGCCGGGCAGCUGAGAGGCACCGAGCCGCCGCCGCCGCCGCAGCUGCCGCUGCCGUCGCUGCCGGACCAACAAGCAGGUGUCCUGUUGCCAAAAAGUGAUCCUGAGGAAAACAGCUUGUUACUGGAUGUAUUACCCCUUUAAAAAGGUAUUUUUUUUUUAACAGAUUAGAAAGGUAUGUGUGGGCUGUAAGCUGUCAGAUAAAAUCCUCAUGAAUGCAUGAGAUAGAAAAAAAACAACUUUUAAACACAAGUUAUUAGCUGUGAUCACUUUUGGCAAGUGCAAAAGUGCAUUUUAUGGGUUGUAGGCUAUUGGACCUUUUAAAAGUUUUUUUUUUUUUUUUUUUUAACAGAUAAAAAAAAAACUCUUUGAGGGUUAUAAUCUGUCAGAUAAAAGCCUCAUGAAUGAAAUCAAGUCAUUUUGGGGCAGAAACAACCUCUUAAACACAAGGUAGAAGCUGCGAUCACUUUUUAGCAAGCGUUUUAUGGGUUGUAUUGGCCCUUUAAAAAGUUUUUUUUUUUUUUUUUUACAGAUAAUACAUUCUGUGCAGGCUGUAAUCUGCCAGAUAAGCCUUAUCUCUAAAUCAAGUCAGUUCGAGGCAGAAACAAUCUUUCAAACGCAAAGCUGGGGGCUGUGCAUGAUCACUUUUGGCAAGUGUAAAAAGCGCAUUAUAAGGGUUGUACUGGCCCCUUUUAAAACAGAUAAAAAGCUGGGGACGCGGCCACUUUUUGCAAGUGCAAAAGUGUAAAAAGUGCAUUUUAAGGGUUGUACUUGCCCUUUUAAAAGUUCUGUUUUCGGCUAUAAUCUGUCAGAUGAGACAGAAAACAACAUUUCACACAAAGUAGGGGCUGCAAUCACUUCUUUGCAAGUGCAAAAAAAGGCCUGGAUUGUUUUUUUGGCGGACGAUCACUUUUUGGCACGACACCCGUCUGUGCACUGGGCCGGAGAUGGACUUUUUUGGGGAUUUAAACUCUUUCUUUUCUACGUGUUUUCAUGUGUGGACGGACUCUAAAGGCUUCAAUCAUUCGUCUUUACCUGAAAACAUGACACCCGUCUGCACAGAAAAGAGUUUUUUUUGAGAGUUUCGAACACUUUCGGAGCCAAAAAAAAGCUGAAACUGUUGAACUUCUGAUUCCAGAAAAUGACAGUUUUUACAUAAAACAAGGAGACUUUUUUUUUUUUGGAGCCAAAGUUUUGAGACAGUUGAACUUUAAAGAUUCCAGAAAGUUCUCCAAAAACCAAGGACUGGAAACAGGUGACUAUGUGUCACCGUCAUCUCAUUGGCUGAUCCUGUUUCACCUGUUUUGUGACGCAGCCGCAGAGACACAAUGACUCGUUUUGUGUUUUGAUUUUUUUUUUUGCAGUUUUUAAUGUGCCUUCUUUAAAAAAAAAAAA